AUGAUUAAUCAAAAAAAAACUUUCCAACAACCACCUAAACCAAAACGACUGACUGAUAAAGCAAUGCACCAGUUAUUAACUAACCUAAAAAAAGAAGCUGACCAAGCACCGGAAGAGAAAGGUAGUUUUAGUUUAGAAGUAAUUUGCAGUGGUAAAGAUAUUCAAGCAUACCAGGAUAUCCUAAUUAAAAAACAUGGGGAUAUCUAUCCUUUACGUUCUGCCAUUAUUAAAUUUGGAGGUUUUCAUUUAAGUUAUGAUUGGUAUGGCAGGACUAGAUUAGGAAAAGAGGAAUUAGUCAAAAAUUACUCUUCCUCUAAAAUAAAAGAAGAAAUUAAACCAAGUCCGUUAAUUAACUAUACAGAAAGUAUAAUUAAAAUAGGAGAUAAUAUUUACAAGUUGAUCGAUACACCCUCUUUUAUUCUUUCUCCUAAAACAGAGGUCGAAAAAGGGAUCAAGGAACAAGCAGAGAAUUUAUUAAAGCGAGAUCUAGAAAAUUCAGAGGAGGAAUUUUAUUCUGGCAAAACUCUUCAACUGCAACAUUUUUUAGCCAUUUCGUUAAAAUUACUCAUUUUUGGUUCACCUAACUCUGGUAAAUCCACCCUCAUGAAUUACCUAUUACAGGAAAAUCGCUCGUUGGCUACCCCUACUGCCGGAACCACCCAAGAGCCAGUAAUUAAACAGAAAUUGAAAGAAAAGAUCUUACAGAUAGUUAACUUAGGAGAAAAGCAUAAUAAACCACUAAUUAUAAUCAUUAACAAAUGUGAUUUGUUAAAAGAAAAAAAAGCCCUAAAAGAAGAAUUAAAAAGUCGGUUAAAAUCACUAGGUUAUGUGCCAAUCAUUUACGCAUCGGCUUUAAAAGGAACUGGAAUGAAAUCGUUGCUAAAAAUCUUGGAAAAGAUGUUGGAACAAUCCCAAAAAAAACUUUCUAAAAAAGCACUUGCUGAAUUAAUUGAAAAAAUGCUACUGAAUAAUCCACCUAAAUACCACAAGGGAAACAAAUUAAAAAUCUAUUUUACUAAACAAGAGUUAGGAUUAAUCCAAACUUUCCUUUUUUUUGUAAAUAAUCCCCAAACAGUGCAUUUUUCUUAUCAACGAUACAUUGCUAAUUAUUUGCGAAAGAGUUUGGGUUUAGAAUACCUACCAAUUAAAGUAAUUCUAAAAAAAAGUAAAUAA